AUGUCGGGCCAGUACGGGCACUUCCACAAGUACGUUGGCGAGAAGUGCACGCACCCGUACCCCGAAGAGCGCUACCGCACGGAGGUGACGCGGCUGCUGGGCGUGCUGGACAAGCGGCUGGAGGGGCGCGAGUUCCUCGUUGACGACGGGUUCUCCAUCGCGGACAUGGCCACUUUCCCGUGGCUCGAGUGCAUCCGCGGGCCCAAAGGCUACGGCUCUCCGCAGUUGCUCGAGCCACACAAGAACGUGACGGCGUACCUGGACAGGUGUCUGGCGCGGCCGGCCGUCAAGAGGGGGAUGGGCGUCACCCCGUUUCCCGAGCGGAAAUGA